UGGAGGUGUUUUCUCACACACGGGCACAACAAAGAUGAAGAUUCUCGGGUUGUAUGUCGUGGGUUUGUCUUUUACCUUAUUUGCUUCAGCCCAAGUAAAACAGAACUGUUCAGCACCGGCGGAAUACCCACACACCAGACUGGCUAAGAAAUUUGCCACCAGAGAGACGUUUGACGCUGGUGACAAGGUUUACUAUAAGUGCGCUGAGGACUUCACCGCAUCCAGAGGCAGUCGGUCUGUGGAGUGUGUCGACGGGAAAUGGACCAAUCUGAAUCUAAAAUGCGAAAAGAAAACGUGUGGCAGCGCCGGAGCUCUGCCUAACGGCCAGUUCCGGUACGGAGGGAGCACACUCAUCGGGGAGAGAGUCUAUGCUGUAUGCAAUGAGGGAUACACUCUGAAAGGACUGAACUUUAUGACAUGCAAGAGGUCUGGCUGGAGUGGUGAAUUCCCGUCCUGUGAAGUGGGAGAAACUACGUGCUCCCCCCCUGCAGUGGACAACUCGGUGAAGAGUGGUGGAAAUGUUUCUGGGUACCGAGUGGGAGACAGCGUGACCUUCACCUGCAGUCAGGGUUUCCAGCUGGAUGGCGCUCAGCAGAUCACCUGUGGCCCCGAUGGGCAGUGGCAGCCUCAGUCCCCUCGAUGCCUGCCCUCACCAGACAAACAAACAGGUGGAUGCGGUGUGCCACUAACCAACGACGACUCUCACGCCAACCUUGCUGACCAGUACAUCACAAUUACUUCUUUUGCUUCUCGUGACAAGGUGCAAUAUGUGUGUGAUGUUGGAUACGUUCAAACAGGUGGCACCAAGUACCGCACAUGUACUGAUGGAAAGUGGACGCCACUGAAGCUAAAAUGUGAACGAAAGCUUUGUGGCUCUGCAGGAGAGAUUCAAAACGGAGAGUUUACAUAUACUGGAGUAGAGUUUGGAGACACUGCUACAGCGGUUUGUAACAAUGGGUAUGCGCUUGUAGGAAGGGCAACUAGACGCUGCAUGAGUAAUGGCUGGGAUGGACGUGUUCCUGAGUGUGAAGCUGUGGAAUGUGCAGAGCCUCCAGUGGUGGCAAACGCAGAAAUGAUAGGCCCUCAGGAGCCGCCUUACACAUACAGGACUGUGGUUCGCUAUCAGUGUCACGUGGGAACCCUUAUUGGACAAAAGGAGAUUUGGUGUACCAUGAAUGGGACAUGGAGCGCGUCUCCUCAGUGCAAAGAAACAACAUGCCCGUCUCCAAAUGUCCACAAUGCCUUCUGGAUGGGAGCUCGGAAUGGCGGAUAUCUGUACAGGGACACUAUAUCAAUAGAGUGUAAGAUGGGCUACGACAUGACUGGUCCGAACACCAUUACCUGUGAUAGCGAUGGCAAAUGGAAACCUGGUCUGCCCAACUGUAAACGCAAAUUGUCUCGCGCCCACCGGAGGAACUAAUGUGGUGACUGUGUUCAUCCCACCUGUAGUCAACCCACAACAGGCAGAGGAGGAUGAAAAUGGAGAUUCUUAAGCUAACAAUGUCUUUUAAAAAUGCAGAUCAACAUUUUAAUACACUAAGAUUUUCUUAUUUGCUCAAAAUUUGUGUAAACUCAGACAUUAAAAUGUGUUUAAAGUGAA